UCCGUUCCUUGAAUAGAUAGAGAGAGAAAAAAAAAAGUUUCAUAUUUUUGGUGUAUAGAGAGAGAAGAAGAAUUAGAAGAAAAAAAAUGUUGCAGAGAGCUGCAAGCAAUGCAUAUUCAUGGUGGUGGGCAAGCCACAUAAGAACAAAGCAAUCCAAAUGGCUAGAGCAAAACCUCCAAGAUAUGGAGGAAAAGGUGCAAAUUGUACUAAAGCUCAUUGAAGAGGAUGGAGACUCCUUUGCAAAGAGAGCAGAAAUGUACUACAAAAAGAGACCGGAGCUGAUAAGCUUUGUAGAAGAAUCCUAUAGAGCUUACCGGGCAUUGGCCGAGCGGUAUGACCACAUUUCAACAGAGCUGCAAAAUGCCAACAACACAAUUGCUACUGUUUUCCCUGAACAAGUGCAGUUUGCCAUGGAUGAAGAAGAUGAAGAAGCGGCUAAUGGGGUUCCGAGAAAGAUUCCAGAAGUCGCAAAAAACAUUCCCAAUGCUCCAAAAGGUCCCUUCAAAGAGAUAAAAAGUAUCAUUACAACAGCAAGAGCUACAAAAAAGUUGCUACCCAAAAAGUCAAAAAAAGCAGCAACUACCUCAACAGUUUCUAAAUCAGGUCUUAAGAAAGCUCAGGCACUGGAAGAGAUCGAUCGACUUCAGAAAGAUAUUCUAGCCCUGCAAACUGAGAAAGAGUUCGUGAAGGGUUCUUAUGAGAAUGGACUUGCGAAAUACUGGGAAAUUGACAAUCAGAUCAAUGAAAAGCAAGAAAAAGUGUGCAAUUUGCAAGAUGAAUUUGGUGAGGGAAUGGUCAUAGAAGAUGGUGAGGCUAGAAAUCUGAUGGCGGCAGCUGCUUUAAAAUCAUGCCAUGAGACACUGACUCAGUUGCAGGAGAAACAGGAGAGAUCAGCUGAGGAAGCAAUAGUUGAAUCCCAAAGGGUUAAGAGAGUUAAGGAGAGGUUUGAGUCUCUCAAGGGAGAAUUUCACCACAAUCAAACCAGUGAAAAAAGCCAACUUGGAAAGUAUGAAUUUAAGAACUCAGCACCAGAAGCACCAAAUAGCCCAUAUCAAGAAGCAGUGGCCAGUAAAUCAAAAGAGAGACAAGAGAUGGAGUUAUUGCAAGAGAAAGUCAAGCAACAGUUCGAAGCUAUGCCAAACAAAUCUCUGACAGUAUCAGAAAUGGUAGAGAAGAUUGACGAACUUGUAAAUAAAGUGAUCACCUUAGAAACUGCAGUUUCAUCACAGGCUGCUCUUGUAAAGAGACUAAAAACCGAAACUGAUGAGCUUCAAGUACAAAUUCGAACUUUGGAAGAUGACAAGGCUACACUACAUGAUGGAAAUAAUAAUUUGAGCAGCAAGCUUAAGGAGAUGGAGGAAAAGUUGCAUGGAAUUCAGGAUCUCAACAAAAGUUUUAGAGACCAGAACAGCAAUCUCCAAACAAAUUUCACUGAAGCCCACUGUAAUCUUGAGCAUCUUUCCAGGAAACUGCAAAGCGUGAAGCCAGAUGAAGAGAUUGAUGCAUCAGAUUUCAUCAAUGAAGAAGUAGAAAAUUUGCCAAAACUGUUGGAUAGUCUGGAAAAGAGAAAGAAUCCUUUUGAAGAUUGUGAAAUUCCACAGAAUGUAAAAUCAGAUGAAGAAACAGAAAUUAUAGUUGCAUUGCAGGAGAAGGAAUCUCCAGCAGAGUUAGGAUUUUUAGAGGAGGUAAAAGAACAACAGAACAUAGUACAAAGGGGUGACAGUUCUGAAGAGUCCAGCAACUUUCUUAGUACUUUUGAUAAUCAGCAAGAAGAUUUUUCACAAUCCCAGGGAGAGCAGAAACUGCUUGCUGUAGAUGAUGAACAAGCUCCUUCAGAGACUACGGAUAAUCUGCUCAAAGCAGAACAGAUUGAGACAAGAGAAGAUGAACCAGAUUGGCAGAAGCUGUUUUUGAAUGGAAUUGAAAACAGAGAAAGAACUCUCUUGACUGAGUACACUACAACUCUUCGAAACUACAAGGACAUCAAGAAGAGGCUAAGUGAAAUAGAGAAGAAAACCUUGGACAGCCAAUUUGAAACAUCUCUGCUUUUAAAGGAACUGAAGGGUGAAAAUUUGAAGAAAGAUGAAGAGAUCCGAUCGUUGCGUUUGAAAUUGGAACUUCUACAAGAGACUUUGGAUGACGAAAACAGGGAAAGAAAUCUCAAACAUUUGGAAAACCCUGAAACCUCUAGCUCAUUGGCUGAUCUCAUCCACACUAAGGAAAAUCCUAAAUCCUUGACAGCUAUGGAGGAAAAUGAAAACAUCAAGGCAAUCCUAACUGAUCAAACCUGUAUAUUGUCAGCAACUGAAGAGAAAUUCCGGACAAAGAUUGACGAAUUGCUGGAGCAAAACCUUGAAUUCUGGCUCAGAUUCAGCAGCUGCUUCCAUCAAAUCCAGAAAUUUGACACCGAAAUCGAAGAUCUAAAAUCAGAGAUCUCCAAAUUGGAUGAGAAAAAAAUGAAGGAAGACUCAAAUGAUACUAACACUCUUCAAAACCUACUCAAAUCUGAUGCUCGCCCAUUGUACAAACACCUUAGAGAGAUCCAGACCGAACUCGCCGUGUGGUUAGAGAAGAGCGCUCAGCUGAAGGAGGAACUCCAGGGACGAUUCUCAUCACUGUGUGAAAUCCAAGAGGAGAUAACAUCGGCGCUGAAAGCGAGUGCUGAGGCAGACGACGACUUCUUCAAAUUCACAAGUUACCAAGCAGCAAAGUUCCAAGGCGAGGUUCUGAACAUGAAGCAAGAGAACAACAAGGUCGCUGACGAGUUGCAGGCGGGGCUGGACCAUGUGACAACGAUGCAGAUCGAUGUGGAGAAGACGCUGACCACUUUGAAGGCAGACUUUGCCUUGGCUGCAUCUAAAAAACAGAGCGAUAAUGAUAACAGUACUACUCCUCAGCUGAGGCAGACGCCAACUCGGGCUCGGAUUCCAUUGAGAUCUUUCAUCUUUGGAAUCAAGCAGAAGAAGCAGAGAGCCUCAAUCUUCGCUUGUAUGACUCCCGCAAUGCAUAGGAAGUACCAUGGUUUGAGAGCAGGACCUCCAUUUUGAAAUUCUUUCUUAAUUAUUAGAGUGCUUGCUUUUUUAUUUCAAUUUUCUUUUGGCGGGUAAAUUAAGAGAAAAUUAUUUAUUUAUUUAUUCAUUUUUUAAGAACAUUUUAUUGGAUGGGAGAUUGAUAGAGACAGUGCUGCUUUUUUUUUCGGGUUAUAUGAGAGUUUGUAAUUAUCAAGUUAA